AAAGUGACGACCCCUUCUGGACUCUCCUCUACCCGCCGCGAUUGAUCGACGCCCAGGCGGUUCAUGGAGAUCGUGCCCCCAUGGCCUGACUGAGGCGGAGCGAGCGAGCCGCAUCUACCGCUCCCAUUCAGAGCGGCCGAAGCGACGGAGAUAGGCAUCAGUUGCAAGCCACUCGCGGCGAUCGCUGCCUGCGCCGGGAAGGUGAUCACUAUUUUACCCAGAGGUUCAUCGUCAACGGGAAGGAGGUUAUCGAGAUGAAACGCAAGUAUUAGAUGCCGAAUCCUCUUCCUCUUCAACAUGUUGCUGAUGUCUUGCCCAGCUUCGAUCCACAAGGGAAAAACGCGAAGGGGAAAACAAAAAACAAAAAGGAUUGUGUGUUAUAAGUAGAACAAGGGAAGAAGAUCUAACUGCAAUCAUCUCAUCCGUACCAAUCUUUUGCUCUGGCAAAGGUGGAGGAGCCUCAAAACUGCUUUCCCAUAGCAAUCAAAUCAGUUGCAGUUUGGCCAUCAUCCUUUUCAGUUGUAAGUUUGCUUUUUUGUUACACUUGCAUGAAAACUCCAACUAGUGUUCCUGGACAAUUGCCAUUAUAUUGCUGCAAUUCUCGUGCUCAAGAAUUUAUUAGGUCAGAACUGAGGCAUUUCUGCCUUGCCUCGUACAAGGUCCUCAAGUUGGCACUGGGCAUCACUUCACAGGUAUAUAUCAUGGGAUACCUGACCACAUCAAUCCAAAUCCACUAACAAUUAGAUCCUAACAGGAGAAGGUAUGCCAAAUCCAUUAACAAUUAGUUGCGUCUCAUUUUUUUGAUGCAAAAGAGGAGCAUUGGAGAUUGAAUCUGAUUGAUAAAGUGAAAUUGCAUAGGAUAAGUAGAGUUGCCUCCUUUAUCUUUUGGUUUCUAAUGCUACAGAGCAAGCCUUAAUGCUGACAUUUUUUAAAACCUAUUUGAUCAAUUGGCCUCUGAUUCAUAAAGUGAAUUGCAAAGGAUAAGUAGAAAUGCGCAUUCUUUCUCCUUGAAUGUUCCUGCCUGGAAUUGAGUUGAUUCCUUUGGUUAAUGUUCAGGAACUUGCCUCCUCCUUUUUGUUAGUGGACUCUGGUGCUCGAGUCCAAAAGAUUUUGACCUGUUCUCUUGUCAAAUGUACUCCCAGAUGCAAGCAUGUUCAAGUGGACUCUGCUUUGCUGCACUGUGAUCAUGAGUCAAGACCGAUGUUAUUUCAUUGUACGUUCAAAGAAAAAGCUCACUUCUUUUGCUCAAAUCGAAUGGCUGGAUAUGGUGACCAGAGAACAUCCACUGCAGAUUAAAAGCACGAUAAUAAUGUCAAUGGAGGACUGUAUCAGUGGGUCCACUCUGAAGACGGACCGAAGAGCUCAAGGCAGCAAGAAAAACAGAAAAGAAGACUUUUACCGCAGUUAAAACAGAGCCUCCCGGUACGGCCAUUCAAAAGGGCUCCGCAGUGACCCUUUUUGGUCUUGGCCAUUAAUAUAUGUUUCAGUGUACGUCCACCGUCGAAUUCAACAACCUGCAUGGGAACGGUUAACUUCAUCGCAGCCGUCUAAUGGGAGUAACGCGUUGAGAAGAUGAAGCCAGCGCCGAGAAAUGAAUGGGCUCGCUUGUCUUCUUCCCCUACCGUGGCAGGAAGAUUUCUGUCAUGUCAUCUCUGUUCACGGUAUACUUGCCGCUGCUGCAGUUGAAUGAAGCCCACAUGCAACCAACCAAGUUACUCAAGUAGAUAGAAGCAGUUUAAGAUUGUGAAGCGGAUGGUAAAUUGGGGAGGUUAAUUUGCUUGCAGAAUCAACCGUGGAUGUUAUUAGGAGGACGCAUUCUCUAUGCAUGAUCUGGGUAAAUCUUUAAUGCUAAAGGACUAAAUCUAACACUGUCUACGGUGGUGCAGGAGCGCUGCACAGAGCAUAGCAGAGGCGUAUCUGUCAAAAUUCAAUUGAAAAAGGGCCCUUUGCUUUAACUGUAAUAAUGACACUGCCAUUACCUACUCAUAUAAUCCGUCACUGUGGAAGAGUAGGAACAAGGAACACCGGAGCGGGUAGCUUCCAUCGCUCAGCAUGCCUUCCUCCUCGGCUCACCUCCCUCUCUUCUUGUCUCUGUUACUCUCUUCCUUCGGCACCAUCCUCUCUUCUUCCUCUGAAUCAGACCUGCUUCUCACCUUCAAAGCCUCCGUGGAGGACCCUGCCUUGGUUCUGUCCGACUGGUCCCCGAACUUCACAAACUAUUGUAACUGGACUGGUAUUACUUGCUCCAAGACCACUUCUCUGGUUACCUCCAUAGAUCUUAACAACCGCAACCUCUCCGGUUACAUCUCUCCUUCCAUCUGCCAACUACCUGAGCUUUCGACCCUUAACCUUGCCAGCAAUAACUUCAAUCAGGCCAUUACUCUCCAACUCACCGAGUGCUCUAGGCUAGUCAUUCUCAACCUAAGCAACAAUCUCCUCUGGGGGACACUUCCUGAACAGAUAGGUCUAUUGUCAAGCUUAGUUACUCUUGAUCUCAGCAGGAACCACAUUGAAGGGCAGAUACCACUCAGCUUGGGGUCGUUAGUGAGGCUCAAAGUUCUCAACUUCGGAAGUAACUUUUUCUCAGGUAUCAUCCAUUCCAAUGUUUUGAAGAAUUUGAGUGAGCUAGUCCUCCUUGAUUUGUCUCGCAAUCCGUCUUUAAUAUCUCAACUACCUCAAGAAAUCGGGAGAGUUUCUAAAUUAAGAUGGCUGUUGAUGCAAAGAUCUGGUCUUUAUGGUACUAUUCCUGAGUCCUUGCUUGAUCUCCAUGAACUCGAGAUUUUAGAUCUUUCCCAGAAUAAUUUGACUGGGAUUAUCCCUUUGGGGCUUGGGUUAGGCUUUCUGAAGUUAGCUUCUGUAGACUUCUCACAGAACAUGCUCUCUGGUUCCUUUCCUAUUGAUGUCUGCUAUGGAAAAGUUCUUCUAGAGUUAAGUCUUCAUGAGAACUCUUUCACGGGUUCAAUACCUAAAAUCAUUGAGAAAUGUUCCAGCCUUGAGAGGCUUCAAGUGCAGGAUAAUAAGUUUUCCGGUGAAUUUCCAUCUGGUUUAUGGUCAAUGCCCCAGUUAAAGUUACUCAGAGCUGAGAACAACCUGUUCACCGGUGAGAUACCGGAUGAGGUUGGUGUUCCUUCUCAACUGGAGCAAGUUCAGAUUGAUAACAACAACUUCACAGGUGGAAUCGCAAGAGGCCUUGGAUCAAUUCGAACUAUGUACAAGUUUUCAGCUUCACUUAAUCGCUUCUCUGGUAAUCUCCCUGAUAAUAUCUUUGAUUCUCCUGUAUUGAGUAUCGUAAAUAUGUCCCACAAUUCUCUCACGGGACCGAUUCCAGAGCCCAGGAAUUGCAGAAAGUUGGUUUCUUUAUCCUUGGCAGGCAACAGUCUGAGCGGAGGCAUACCACCUUCACUUGGCCACUUACCCGUACUGACAUACCUUGACAUUUCGAACAACAAGAUUACCGGUGAAAUCCCACCCGAGCUUCAAAAUUUGAAGCUUGCACUGUUCAAUGUUUCUUUCAACCAGCUUUCAGGAAGUGUUCCAGCUUCUCUUGUUUCUGGUCUUCCAGCUUCCUUUCUACAGGGAAAUCCAGACUUGUGUGGACCCGGGUUGUUGAAUCCGUGCACUGUGAGACCAGAAAGACAGAACUCCAAGAACAAUGGACUGAUAUGGACUGUAAUUGUGAUAUCUAUCAUCGUUGGUCUCAUGUUAAUAGCCUCAGGCCUUCUUGCCGUAUAUAGGUUAUCUCAAAGUCGGCCUGGUUCAGGUAAAUGGAAAUCAGUGUUCUUUUAUCCUCUCAAGAUUACAGAAGACGAGUUACUGAUGGCUUUAGUUGAGAGAAAUUCUAUCGGUGAAGGAGCGUUCGGUAAAGUGUAUGCCAUCCCGGCAUCAGAUGGAGAAUUCAUCGCCGUCAAGAGGUUACUGAACUCCGGUAAUUUGUCUUUCAGAACCGUGAAGGCUGAGAUAAAAACAUUGGCGAAGGCUAGGCAUCGAAAUGUCACCAAGUUGUUAGGCUUUUGUUACUCAAGAGGCACCAUCCUUCUCAUUUUCGAAUAUCAGCAGAAAGGUAGCUUGGGAGAUGCUCUCCGAAAACCAGGCUUCUCCAUGGAUUGGCGAUUUCGCCUCAAAGUCGCUGUUGGUUCUGCUCAAGGCUUACUCUACCUUCACAAUGAUUAUGUCUCGCAGAUACUUCAUCUUGACAUGAAAUCUAAUAACAUUCUCCUUGGUGAUGAUUUCGAACCGAAGAUAACUGACUUUGGCCUUGCUCGUGUAAUUGGGGAGGCAGCAUACAAAUCAUCUGUAGCUUCUGAGCUGGGAGGCUAUUGCUAUUUCCCUCCAGAAUAUGGAUGCAUCAAGAAGCCAACAGAACAAAUGGAUGUGUACAGUUUCGGGGUCGUCUUACUGGAGCUCAUCACUGGAAGACCGGCGGAGCAACCGGAGUCCCGGGAGUCUCUCGACGUCGUCAAGCUAGUGAGAAGAAAGGUGAACAUGACAAACGGAGCCCUUGAAGUUCUAGAUCCCAAGAUCUCAAGCUCAGCGCAGCAAGACAUGCUGGAAGUGCUGGAUCUUGCUCUUCGAUGCACCUCCGUUUUGCCGGAGAAGCGACCGACAAUCAUCGAGGUCGUCCGGUCCUUGCAAUCACUCCAGCCGAUCGCCCUGCCUCCGAUACUCACCGGCGACGGCGAACUGCCCUGCGUCGAGUGAAAGGAUUGAUCAUAAUAUAUAUGUUCCCUUUGCUUUCCCCCUGUUAUUAUCAUGGGUUGUUUAGUCUGAUUUCUGGAAUGGAGACUUGCGUACAGUGAAAAGGAAAUCGCAUUAAUUCA